UGUGAUCUCAGGGGGCUAAAUUUUUCGAUCUUGAUUUUGAGUGGACCACACCACUUCAGCGAAAUCUGCCUUCUUGGAAGUGAUUGUUCCCUCUUUCGUGUUCUAAGUAGUAAAAAACGCUGUCUUCGCCGAGCCUUGAUGUCUUGCUACAUCUCGCUAUCUGUCCGUGUUGCGGGGCUCGGUGGGGACAUCCCACACACACAUCCACAUGCACCAAGACCCGCCUGAAUUAGUUUCCUCGCUCGAGUCUCGAUCGACGUGCAUCACUAUCGAAAUCGCGGUUUCGUCGGGGCUUUCAGAGCACGACUGACCGUCUACGUGUCCGCACCUCGACCAUUUUAAUAUCACUGAAAUUUACUGCUCCGACAUUUGUAUAUAAAACGCGUAAAUUGUGUACGAUUUCGUCGCGUGUUUGUAUAUAAACUGUGUAUACAAUAUUUGUGUAUACAACUCGUUACGAGUAUCAAAUGUUUGUAAUAUAAAGACGGAGAUUAAAUUGUUUAGUUUACCGCGUAAAUGUUUAAAGUAUGAUGAAGGAGCAACAGUUGUCUGAAGUGAGCGGCUCUAACCAACUCGCUCCGGUGCUCCACCAGAGCAUCAACAUCCAGCAGCACCUACACCACCUGCACCUGCACCAGAACCACACCAGUGUCAUUCUACCCAAUGAGCAAACGCAGCAACACCCGGAGUCCACCGCUCCGGACGACAAGCCCUCCAGCUCCGACAAGAAGUCCGGGAUCCGGAGGCAGGAGAAACCGCCCUAUUCCUACAUCGCGCUCAUCGUCAUGGCCAUACAACACUCGCCCACCAAACGGCUCACGCUCAGCGAGAUCUACUCUUUCCUCCAGCAGAGGUUUCCGUUUUUCCGAGGAUCUUACCAAGGAUGGAAAAACUCGGUCCGACACAACUUGUCCCUCAACGAGUGUUUUAUCAAGUUACCAAAGGGCCUGGGGCGCCCUGGCAAGGGCCACUACUGGACCAUCGACCCAGCGAGCGAGUUCAUGUUCGAGGAGGGCUCCUUCCGGAGGCGCCCUCGCGGCUUCCGUCGGAAGUGCCAAGCGAUGAAGCCCCAAUACCACCCUGGAAACUUUUUCACGAACAACAUGACCGGAAUGGUGAAUCAAACCCCCAGCUACGACCCCCAAACCCUCGUCCAGCCCCAGGAGUACUCCACUUGCUCCUACAACACCUCUUCGCCGCAAGUCUCCUCCGCCACGCAUUACACCAACUACGACUACCCCGUGUACCAGCAGCAGUGUGACCGCGACUGGGGCUCGGCCUCCGCCCUGCUGCCCCCAUACCCCGAAACGGCCAUCUCCAGCUCGUACCUCAAGGCCCCCAUCAGCCCGCUGGGGGACAACCAGGAGACGCCGCCGCCGGGGCUCUCCGACGCCUAUAAUUAUCAGUACGGAGGCAUUUCGACCUCAUCUGCAGAUAAUUUGAUGAGACCCUCCACAAACACCAUGCAGCCAAUUCAGUGCGACCGAAAGCCGUACUUGAGUUCGCCGCCGCCUUCGAUUCCAUCAUCUCUUCCAUCACCACCAGCAGCGAACACAGCACACUCAUUUUACGAACCUACAGUAAAGUACAGCUUAUAAAUUCAGUAUUUAUAGUAACUUUUAAGUGGACAUUUGUACUUGUCAUUUAUCCGAAUUAAUUUUAUGUCUCUUUCGGAAUUCCUCUUCAAUCGUGCAAACGCAGCUCAAUUUUGCACAAUUGUACAUAUAUUUAUUUUCUAGGUUUAGUGCCUACUUUUAAGUAAGACGUAAUCAUGAUUUAACAUGUAUAUAAACACUUCAUACAGCUACUUACCAAAAAUGAUGUACAUAAAACGAUUUGAUUUUGUAAUUUAUGAUAAAAAUAAAAUUUUGAUUUUA